AUGUCCCGAGCUUCCGUUGUGUUGUUCGUGUUCGAGUCGGAGCGUACGGGUGCCGAUAUCGCCGGAGCUACCGAACGCACAACUUCAAUAUUUACAAUCGAAUUCCACGAUCUACACGUCAAGCACCACCCGCAAGUGACACUCAGCUUCAACAUGGCGCCGCCACAAGAUUAUACGACGAUGCCCUGGACACUGCGCUCACUACCGCCGCCCGAGAGCGUAAGUGAUAACAGCUCCGAAACAGCCGAAUCCAGCGACUCCGACGAGUCAACCGGCUCGCUCGCGUCUAGUGUCGCCCUCACCGCCACCGCCGCCUCCAGGCUAAACCACGAGCUUUUACUUACACAGCUUGCCGCCUCUCACUCCGCGCAGCGCCGCCUAGAAGAGCGCCUAGAAGACCAGAAGCGUGACUUUGACGCUCGCCUAGAACAGCAAAAGCGCGAGUCUGAGCGAUAUACCUCCAAGCUGGAACAAGAUCUGGCGCAGUGUCAGAAGCGCGAAGAAGCCAUCAAGGCAGUCUUCUUCCGCGAGUUCGAGAAGGAGAGGGCACUUAUGCUCGAAGACCGACGACUGAAGCUUAAGGCUGAAGCUCUUGCGAGGAAAUCAUAUAGGCUUAAUGAUAAAGCUGAACAGCUUGAGCGCAAAAGGACCAACACUGCUCAAGAGGUCAGAAACCUGGAAGCCACGCUUCUCCAGCUCGAGGAAUCGAUUGCCUUGCACCGUGGCGAUAGUCAAGUCAGCUCAGAGGCUGUAGGAUUGCGCAACCCGAGUCACACCAUCCUCAUGCAUGCUGCUGGCAACACAUAUCCUUUCAGCUACGGUAACGUUUCUCUGCUCCAUCUCGACAAAGUCCGUGCUUCCGCGUCCACCACACCUUCAAAUGACAAAGCAGCCGCGCUGCUGCGCAGGCACGAUUACUACACCGGCUGGUUUCAUGCUAUGCGCUCCUUGAACCACCGCAAAGCAAUCGUUCUCGACAUGGAGCACAGCCACCAUAAGCGCAGCCCGGCUCGUUUACUGUCUUCAUCUAUUGACACAAAGUAUCUCCAGGAUCUGAAUAAUCCCCACAAUCCUCGCAACGCCGGCAUCAACGCUGGCCUCCUCUUUGCUUACUCGGCUCUGUGCAAACAGCACAACCUCACGGAAUCUCGCCUCGACACACGUGAGUGGACCCUGGACGAUAUCAAGCCCGUUGCGCGCGAAAACCAUGCUGGAGACUUCGCGUUCUGGGAUGGCAUGGACUAUGCGGUGGACAAGAUGAAGAGGCUGUUUAAGUUGAAGAUCGAGAGGGGCAUCUGGAAGACGGGAGACGAUGCGGCGCAGAUUACAUUGAUGAGAGCAAGGGAUGUACCGAGGGGUUAUGUGGUGGAAGAAAGGCCUCCGCAUUGGACGUUGCGUAGACAUGCAAACACAGUCCGGGAUGUUUAG